AUGUCUACUGUCAAGUUCCAGUGUCCUCCCUACAAGCUUUUCGAGCCUGACUACCAUCCGCAAAAGCCCAUAAUCGUCGGAGUCGACGACAGGCUUGAAUCGCCUGACACGAUCACGCUUCGUUACGAAGAAGCUGCUCGAGCAGAGAACGGGGGAGACCCAAGAGGGGACUCCCCUCCUAGGCUUUUAGAGAUGGCAACCUAUACCAAGGCCCAGCUGCCUUCCAUGCACGCUGGUUACGAUGUGACACGAUACCAAGAUGCUGGAUAUGAACAGUAUCCUACGCAGAGCUACCCGACACAGCAACAGUCUGAUAAAUUUGCUCAACUAAACCAGCAGUCUUUCGCUUCCAACAACGCUGCUGUGGCAUAUAUGCCCCCUGCGCCAACAAUUUUAUCAUGUCAGCCCGCGACAGGUGGCUUUGGCACCAAAGUUUAUGUCAAGCUUUCUUCCCAGUACGACAUAUUCUCAUUUUCGACACCAAUGCCAACAUGGUUUCUCGUGUUUGGCUCCGAAAAGUGUUCGGUUCAAGAUGUUUCUCGAGAUUUGCAGGACAGCUCUGGCUUCAUCUAUACUUGCAGUGGGGAUGCUCCUCAAUUUCUGGUCACAAACUGUGCAAACAGUAAUGUGCCACUGUCACUCGUCCUUGACGGGCCACAAGGAGAUGAAAUUUCUCGAAUUCCCGUUGGUACUUUUCAGUAUCUCGAAGGGUCGGGGGAUGACAUCACGAGGUCGACUAAGAUGCCUAAGCAUGAGGACACGGCACCUGCCACUACGGUUGAUCACCCGAGUGCCUCACCUAAAGUUGAACCUCUAUCAUCAGAGCCUGGUACAAAUACAUAUGAAUACCCACCUCAACAAGGACAAUAUGCCAAUACAUACCCGCAAACAAACAACGAUAUGAUUAGCACUUACAACAGAAGCUCGAGCUUCACAGACCCUCACUACCAUCGUCGCCCGACGACAGGAUGGAGUCCCUACCCGAGCACACUGGGCAGCACAGGAAGAGGCCUGGCAGGUUUAGAUGCUUCGAUGGUUGGGCGUCCGCCUUUGACACCUCUGGGAAUGUCGUCCCCAUCUCAUUCCAACGGCACUCCCCAACUGGUCCGAACAAGCACUAUCACCGCCAAUGCUGGAAACAACACAAACUAUCAUCCUAUCUCUCUUUAUUCUGGCAAGGCGGUUCUGAAGAUUGGGGGCAAGCUGGAAACUAUGGCUGAGAACUGGACAUCGGAGGAAUGGGCUAACCGUCGUCGGAUUGUCCUCUUCCGUAAGACACAGAAGGGAUCAACCGUCAACGCCACCUGUCAGUCAAUAAGCGUGAACGAUCGACCACCCAACAGUGUCUGCAUCUCUUGUAUCUGGUGGGCUGAGAAGGGCGAGUGUUAUGUCACAUCGGUCGACACUAUUUAUCUCCUUGAGCAACUUGUUGCGGCACCGAACCGCUUCAGUGUUGAAGAGAAGAACCGCAUCCGCCGUAACUUGGAAGGAUUCCAUCCUCAGACAGUGUCCAAGGCUAAGCCUGACAGCGAAGAGUUCUUCAAGAUCAUCAUGGGCUUUCCUAACCCCAAGCCCCGCAACAUUGAGAAGGAUGUCAAGGUUUUCCCGUGGAAGAUUCUUGAGUCUGCACUCAAGAAGAUCAUUGGUAAAUACAGCGUCAGUCCCAGCAGCACAGUGGCACCGCCGCCGAGCAUGAUGAGCCAGUCCAACGGACCAUAUGCGCCUCUGCCCACUCCUCCAGGCCAAAGCAUGGGCCCAGUACACCCUGAUGCUCAUACACAAUACUCUCUCCCUCAGCACCACGACUCUAUACCAUCUCCACGAUCUUUGUCGGGCUCACAGCCCAGUUGGGCACCAUACACUACCGCGCCACCAGGAUACUCGACAGCAGCGUCUCGAACACUCAGUCCCGGUCUCCGCCACCAUAGUCCACAACAACCACCUCUGCGUAUCAACACAACACCCCUGCCGGCGGUUUCAACUUACGACAGCCGAAAUGGAGGAUAUGGGACCAGCGGUUUACACACCCCGCUAAGCCAUCAUCCGCCGACUGCAACGCCUCCACGAUGGGACCCCACGCCUGCGACAUACCCAGAAGGCUACCCAAGCCUGACAUCACAGGCAGCUCAGCCAGUGUACAGUACAGCGGGAUAUGGUGAGCCUGCACCGAGAGCAUGA